ACCGGACGUCGGGGUUCUUAGAAGGAACCGGCCACAGGCAUGAGGGGGUCCCGGCCGAGAUGACAGUGCUGGCGCCGGCCUGGAGUUCACCCCUGCUGCUGCUGCUGCUGCUGCUGAGCCCUGGCCUCCACGCGACCCCCAGCUGCGCCUUCAGCCACAGCCCCAUCACCUCGGACUUCGAAGUCAAAAUCCGACAGCUGUCUGACUACCUGCUUCAAGAUUACCCAGUCACGGUGGCCUCGAACCUGCAGGAGGAGGAAUUGUGCCCGGCUCUGUGGCGGCUGCUUCUGGCUCAGCGCUGGAUGGAGCAACUCAAGGCAGUGGCCGGGGCUCAUCUGCACGCCCUCCUGGAGAAGGUCAACACAGAGAUCCAUUUUGUCACCACAUGCCCCUUCCAGCCCCUCCCCAGCUGUCUCCGCUUCGUCCAGACCAACAUCUCCCACCUCCUGCAGGACACCGCCCGGCAGCUGGCGGCCCUAAAACCCUGGAUCACCCGCCGCAAUUUCUCUCGGUGCCUGGAGCUGCAGUGCCAGCCGGACUCCUCCACCCUGCUGCCCCCGACUCCCGGGGCCCUGGAAGGGACAGCACUGCCCGCCUCCCAGCCUUCCUUGCUGCUGCUCCUGCUGCUGCUGCCCGCUGCCCUCCUACUGCUGCUGGCCACUGCCUGGUACCUGCGCUGGCAGAGGCUGGCAAGGGCGCUGCCCCACCCCGGGGAGCAGCUGCCCCCUGCCCCCCGCCCUCAGGAUACACUGCUGCAGGAGCGAUGACCUGGCCACAGCCUCAUCUUGGUAAAGGCACUGGGGCCCAGCAAGAGGAGAAACCUGCCAGAGGACACACUGCCAGGACACAAAGGAAGCUGGCUGCAGGCUGGUCCUUUCCCGGGCUGGGCUGCCCACACUGCCUGUCUCCCCAACAUGGACAAAAUGUCCCAACCCAGCCCUCACCCUCCUUCCCCACCUCUGUACAAAGCCCUUGUCUCAAUGAACUUGUAUAUAAAUCAUUCUUUUCUACCA